CCCGCGGCUGCCCCGCAGCCCCACACCCACCAUGAGCGGCCUCCAGGCGGGCCCCGACUCCUCCGAGGAGCCCAAACCCGGCAAGGCCGAGAGCGAGUUCCGCAACUACACCGAGGGGAAGCUGCUCGACCGCGUGUACAACACCUACCGGCUCAUGCACACGCACCAGACCGUGGAGUUCGUCCGCAGGAAGAGCGCGCAGUACGGCUCGUGCUCGCUGCGGAGGAUGAGCGUGAUGGAGGCGCUGGAGCUGCUGGACCAGCUGGUGGACGAGUCGGACCCCGACGUGGAUUUCCCCAACUCCUUCCACGCCUUCCAGACGGCCGAGGGGAUCCGCCGGGCGCACCCCGACAAAGACUGGUUCCACCUCGUGGGGCUCCUGCACGACCUGGGCAAGGUGCUGGUGCUGUUCGGGGAGCCCCAGUGGGCGGUGGUCGGGGACACCUUCCCGGUGGGCUGCAAGGUGCAGAAGUCGGUGGUUUACGGGGACUCCACCUUCCACGACAACCCCGACACCAAAGACCCCCGGUACAGCACCGAGUGCGGGAUGUACCAGCCCGGCUGCGGCCUGGACAACGUGCUCAUGUCCUGGGGCCACGAUGAGUACAUGUACCAAGUGAUGAAGUUCAACAACUUCGCGCUGCCCAAGGAGGCCUUCUACAUGGUUCGCUUCCACUCCUUCUACCCCUGGCACGCCCACGGCGACUACGGGCACCUGUGCUCCGAGGAGGACCGGCGCCUGCUGCCCUGGCUGCGGGAGCUCAACAAGUUCGACCUGUACACCAAGCAGGAGGAGCUGCCCGACGUGCAGCAGCUCCGCACUUACUACCAGGGGCUCAUCGACAAGUACUGCCCGGGGCAGCUCUGCUGGUGACCCCAAACCCUGCUGGUGACCCCAAACCCUGCCGGGCCCCCCAAACCCUGCCGGUGACCCCCAAACCCUGCUGGUGACCCCAAACCCUGCUGGUGACCCCAAACCCUGCCGAGCCCCCCCCCAAACCCUGCUGGUGACCCCCCCCAAACCCUGCUGGUGACCCCCAAAACCCUGCCGGGCCCCCCAAACCCUGCUGGUGACCCCCAAACCCUGCUGGUGACCCCCCAAACCCUGCUGGUGACCCCCAAAACCCUGCCGGGCCCCCCAAACCCUGCUGGUGACCCCCAAACCCUGCUGGUGACCCCUCAAACCCUGCUGGUGACCCCAAACCCUGCUGGUGACCCCCCAAACCCUGCUGGUGACCCCCAAAACCCUGCCGGGCCCCCCAAACCCUGCUGGUGACCCCCAAACCCUGCCCGGCCCCCUAAAUCCUGCCGAGCCCCCCCCAAACCCUGCCGGGCCCCCCAAACCCUGCUGGUGACCCCAAAACCCUGCUGGUGACCCCCCCAAACCCUGCAGGACCCCCACAGCACCCCCAGACCCCGGCCUGGGGUUCCACAAUAAAUCUGCUUGUGCUGCACCCCCCGUGCCAACCCCCCCAAAACGGGGGUCACCUGGACCCCCCAAAUCCCAGCAGAGCUGCGGGGCUGGAAUGUCAAAGGCUUUAAUUAGAAAAUUAUAGG